AUGUUCUCCAAGCUCGUCGUCGCUCUCAUCGCCGCUACCACCGCCAUCGCGGCUCCUCUCGAGGCUCCCCUCGAGGCUCGCCAGGCCCCCUCGACCUACUUCACCCCCUCUGCCACCUUCAACUACAACACCCGCGACGGUGCCAUCUACCCCUCCGGCUGGGGCCAGAUCUCAAAGUACACCGGUAACAACGGCAACGACAUCACCACCCUCCUGACCUUCACCUACCCCGAGGGCGUCUCCGGCAAGAAGUGCCAGUUCUUCUUCUACGCCGACGGCAGCACCUACGCUUCCGGCAGCAAGAAGAUCGACGUCUUCACCUCCAACAAGCCCGCUCCCGCCGGUGGUUCCCCCGGCUGGGGCGCUGGCGGCCCCGGCAACCAGCGCAACAACAACGUCGGCAGGCUCUCCGUCCCCGCCGGCGGCUACGCCACCUGGGACGCCACCUACGGCGCCUACCUCACCUCCCCCACGGACUGCAAGGCCCCUGGAACCGUCGAGGGCAUCGAGCUCGUCGGCGUCUACGACAACGACUACGUCUCCUUCAACCCCACCUCUGCCCGCAUCGCUUACAACUAA